AUGGGGGAAGAACACGAAAUUGAAGUAAAGUUGAAAGAAAAGAAAGAUGAGUGUGAGAGUGAAUCCACUUCAACUAAAGCUAAAGCUAGUAAGGAAGCAAAUGAAGAGAAAGAAGAUAAAAAGAAAAUAGAAGAGAAAUAUGUGCCUCUGCAGUACAAGCCACCAUUGCCCUUUCCUCAGAGGUUUCAUAAAGCACAAUUAGAUAAGCAGUUUGGGAAAUUCCUUGAAGUUUUGAAGAAGUUGUAUAUCAACAUUCCAUUCACCGAUGUCAUUUCUCAAAUGCCUUCUUAUGCUAAGUUUUUGAGGGAGAUUUUAUCAAAUAAAAGAAGGUUGGAAGAUUAUGAAACUGUUGCACUUACUGAGAAGUGCAGUGCUUUAUUGCAGAACAAGCUCCCACCUAAGCUGAAAGAUCCUGGAAGUUUUUCCAUACCAUGUCACAUUGGAGAAACAAGUAUUGAGAGAGCAUUAUGUGACUUGGGGGCUAGUGUUAGCUUGAUGCCACUUUCCAUAUGUGAGAAGUUAAAGAUUGGAGAUCUAAAGCCCACAACUAUUUCUUUGCAGUUAGCUGACAGAUCUAUAAAGUAUCCAGUUGGGAUUUUAGAGAAUGUACCAUUAAAAGUUGGGAAGUUUUUCAUUCCAGUGGAUUUUAUUGUACUAGAGAUGGAGGAGGAUGUAAGAACGCCCAUCAUACUUGGAAGGCCAUUUUUAGCCACUGCAGGAGCUAAUAUAGAUGUAAAGAAUGGGAAAUUGAAGUUGACAGUGGGGGAGGAGGAAAUAGAGUUUAAUUUAUUCCAACAUUCCAAGGAACCAGCUGUGAUGAAUUCUUGUUAUAGGGUAGAUGUUAUAGAGCAUGAUGCUGGCUGA